CCGUUUCCGCCAGCGCCGGCCACGUGACGGUGCCCCUCCCAAGAUGGCGGACAACCUGCCCUCUGAGUUUGAUGUGGUGGUGAUAGGGACCGGUUUGCCUGAAUCUAUUAUUGCAGCGGCAUGUGCCAGGAGUGGCCAGAGAGUUCUUCAUGUUGAUUCGAGAAAUUAUUAUGGUGGAAACUGGGCCAGCUUUAGUUUUUCAGGAUUAUUGUCCUGGAUUAAAGAAAAUCAGCAAAAGACGAAUAUCAAUGAUGAAUGUGAAGACUGGAGAAAACUGAUCCUUGAGAAUGAAGAAGUUAUUUCUCUUAGCAAGAAGGAUAAAACUAUUCAACAUGUAGAAGAUUUCUGUUUUGGCGAUCAGGAUUCAGCUGAAGAUGUUGAAGAAGCUGGUGCAUUGCCAAAGCUGCCUGUCUUUGGAGCCUCUGGUGCCGAGGGGGUUGCUCAGGAAUCGGAAAAAGAGUGCCCACCGGUGGAGAGCGCCUUACCGGAGGUGGAGAGUGCGGAACCAGAGAAGGCUACAGGCACUGAACCAGCAAGUGCAAUGGAAGGGAACGAUACAGAAAUAACCUCUGAGAAUGAAAGUUCUCAUAGUGCGGCUUUAGGCGAAUCCACUCUGGAAUCGGGAAAAGCUGAAGCUGCACCCUCAGAAAUUUCUGCCCAAGAACCAAAGAAAAUUACAUAUUCCCAAAUUGUUAGAGAAGGCAGAAGGUUUAAUAUUGAUUUAGUUUCCAAGUUGCUUUACUCCCGAGGUCUGUUAAUUGACCUUCUGAUUAAGUCAAACGUUAGCAGAUAUGCAGAGUUUAAAAAUGCGACACGAAUUCUUGCCUUUCGAGAAGGAAAAGUAGAACAGGUACCUUGUUCUAGAGCAGAUGUCUUCAACAGCAGACAGCUCACUAUGGUGGAAAAGAGAAUGCUAAUGAAAUUUUUGACAUUUUGUUUGGACUAUGAACAACACCCUGAUGAAUACCAAGACUACGAGAACGGUACAUUUGCUCAGUUCUUAAGAACACGGAAGUUAACACCCAGCUUGCAGCACUUCAUUCUUCACUCUAUUGCAAUGGUUUCAGAGACUGAUUGCAGCACUCUUGAAGGUCUUCAGGCAACAAAAAAAUUUCUUCAGUGCCUUGGCCGCUAUGGCAAUACACCAUUUUUGUUUCCUCUGUAUGGUCAAGGAGAGAUCCCACAGUGCUUCUGCAGGAUGUGUGCCGUAUUUGGUGGAAUCUAUUGUCUUCGCCAUUCCGUGCAGUGCCUUGUAGUGGACAAAGAAUCUGGACGAUGCAAAGCUAUUGUGGAUCAUUUUGGACAAAGAAUAAGUGCUAAUUAUUUUAUUGUGGAGGAUAGUUACCUUUCAGAGAGCGUAUGCACAAGUGUGUGUUACAGGCAGAUCUCCAGAGCAGUGCUCAUUACAGAUCAGUCUGUACUAAACACAGAUUCAGAGCAGCAGGUUUCCAUUUUGACAGUGCCUCCAGUGGACCUAGGAAAACCAGCAGUUUGCGUCAUUGAGUUGUGUUCCUCAACCAUGACAUGCAUGAAGGACACUUAUUUAGUCCAUUUAACCUGUCCAUCAACUAAAACUGCUAGGGAAGAUUUAGAGCCUGUUGUACAGAAGUUAUUCAAUCUAAAUACAGAAAAAGAGACUGACAAUGAAGAACUGGAAAAACCUAGAGUCCUCUGGGCAGUCUACUUCAACAUGAGAGAUUCUUCAGGAGUUGACAAAAAUUCAUAUGAUGGCUUACCCUCAAAUGUUUAUGUCUGUUCUGGACCAGACUCUGCUUUAGGAAAUGACUGUGCUGUCAAACAGGCUGAGACUAUUUUCCAAGAAAUGUUUCCUACAGAGGAAUUUUGCCCACCACCACCAAAUCCAGAAGAUAUUAUUUAUGAUGAAGAUGAGAUUGUGCCAGAAGAGUCUGGAUUCAGUAAUUCAGCAGAGACAAAACCUGAAUCCUCAACUGAGGAAGGCAGUAGCGGAGGUUUGCUUGCAAUUACUGUUCCUUUGGAAGUAUUUUCAGCCAUGAAGCUGCUACGUCUGCUUUUUCUGGUGAUGAUGAUGCUUAGGGCCAUUUGACAGGUAAUCAUUAGAACUUAGAUCCUUGCAGACUAUGGGGUCUUUUCUCCUAUCAUUGCAGGGGGAUUUAUGUAGGUAACUCCUAUUAAUGUUAAUGGGACUUGCAUGUGUAAAUCCUCCUUGCAUCAAUGGGAAAAUUGACCCCUGAAAAAAAAAUCUUCAUGUUAGACUUGCUGAUUCAGAAAUGUCCAGGCACUGUCAGCUCCUGUGUGGAAGUGUGAUGGAGCAUGUACUUUGUGCCAUUUCACUAAAAUGCUCUGAAGAGGACUUAGGGAAUUUUCAGGGUUUUUAUCUUUUAUAUUGUAUUUUAUAUUUUCCAUACACUUCCAAAUCUUAGAGGUCCUUUAACGAUUCUCUUUAUGUAGCUAGUAUCAAUUCCACUUUCUGUACUCAGGAGGUUGCAUGGCUCCUUUUGCUUUGGAUCUCGCUGUAUUUUAGGCCCCUCUCUCUCCCCUCCAAAUCUUUUUACAUCAGCAACAGCUGAGUUGCAACAGCUUAAAUUCAAGAUCAAUUUGCUAGUAAUGUAUUGAUUAAUGACAAGUCAGAAAUAUUAAAAUACUGUUUUCACACAAUAAGAGACUAGGUCACUUACAAUCCAUAAUCUCAUCUGUUGAAAGGAUAAAAUUAAUUUUCUCAACACUUUUUCCAGGCUGGGAGUGGGAGAACAUGUGAACUACCCACUUUCCUCGGGUGGUGGAGAGAAGAAGGGAAAGACAGACAAACAAAUGAAAAUAGCUAAAGCAGGAUUGUUGUAGUGGGAGGGGGAGGAUAAAAUGGGGGCUGUUUGUCAUAACCUUCAUGCUCUGAGAUCAACUGAGUCGUGCACUUUUAUUUCCCUUUUUGCUGUGUGAGAUUUCUACACAAUUUCUAACAGUGUAUGGACUCUGGGGAAAAAAUAUAUAUGUGCUUUUCAGAAUGAGGCGACAACAAUUAACAAAGAAUGGAAUAACAUAUAAAUAGAGUAAUAACCGGCACACACACUGAGGACUGCAGUACAAAUAAAACUAUUAUUUUUUGUUUAACUGUGGAUAUGAUUAUCCAUUCUUUAUUGUGUAUUUUGUUGCUCAGUCAGUUACUACUGCAGAUCUUUUAUAUAAUCCUCUGCAGUACAUUUUAAGUUUUUACUUAUCUGACAAUUUUAUAUCAGUAGCAAGUCAUCCCCUUAAAAAGUAAAAAUUAUGGUGUCAGAACUACUCAAAACUGCUCCAGAGAUCUUUCUUAGCUUUUCUGCCAUAAUGAAUGUUCUCUUCUCCCAUUAAUUAUCAGUAAGCUCUGCAGAUUCUGGUGGGUUGUCUGCUGCUGAUGCUCUUCUUUAUUUUUCCUCAGAAUUCUGUGACUGCAAUUAGUGCAGUUGCUAAUUUUCAAACUAAGGGAUCAGGUUACUGAGAUCACAUCAUGAAACUUAAUUGAUUUGUGUCUCUGUGUGUAUGUAUAUAUAUAUAUUUCUUAUGACAAAAUUAUUAACUCAUAGAAGUUUAUCAUUUAAACUUUUGCAGAAAUCAACCGCUAUAGAAUGUCCAAAAGUUAGAAUUACCUGCUAUUACCAAAACUGUCAAAAAUAUGUGGGAGAGUUGUGGUGGCAGGGCAGUUGCUUGCAUUCCUUGGGUAAGUAGUAAUGCGAAGUAUCUUUGGUAAGAUGUAGAAGUAGUUGAGACACUGGACGUUUGAAAAACUGAUGCAAAAUGUUCAUUUAUUGCAACCCAAUUUAAUAGUAAGAUUCCUUCAAUAAUCAGAUGGAAGUCUUAACUUCGGUGUGUAUGAUUUCAAGAAUAACUUUUUUAAUGUGAUAAAAAGUUACCAUAGAACGAUACUUUCAGCUGUAGAGGUAAGUAGUAGGAAAUGGUCAGCCAUGGUGGAAAUCAUGUCAUCAGCCUCAUAUCUAGCAAAAAAAUUACUGUUGGUGGAAACAGAGCUUAUUAGCAAUUCCACCAUUACGUUUAUUUACAGGCUGCCAGUUCCUGUUCGUAAGAGUGAACGGUUCUUCAAAAUCUGGAUGGGGAGCCAGGCAGGAAUGUUGUAAAUUUCAAUGACAUUUGAGAUUCAGAAAGUUGACAGUGAAGUAUCAGGAAGAUGCAGUUGUUGACUGCAUGGGAGUUCUGAUCAGAGGAGACUUUAAUAGAAAAUACUCUUCCUGUCACAAUUCUAACAGACAAUAUAUUUUACACUACUUGCAUACAUUGACAAAAAAGAUGGAAGAUAUCAACCUGAGUGUAUAUCAAGACUCAGAUGUAUUUGACUAAACAAUGGUUGCGUAGACAAUGGUUGACUCCCAGUGUAUAUAAUGCAGCUCAAGUGGCAGUUUUAUGUAGGUGUCUUCUCAAUCUUGGGUAAAAGCUUCUUUGAGAGCGUUGCAAGUUUUACAACGGGCUAGUAUACUGAAUUCAGUAGUACACUGCUUCACCCGAUUUUAGUUUUUCCUAUUACCUAUCUGAAUUUUUUUUACUCAAACAGAUUAAAGCAUCAAGUAGAACUAAAAUACUUUCUUAGUGGCAAUCUAAUCUUUUGAUUACCGUAAGAGGCAUGGUGCAAGGAGGUUGUCCUGUUAAUACAGAUAAUGCUGAUUUUAGGAAAUCUCAGAACACCCACAUUUUUAGAUACAGAUUUUCAAUAUAUCAUGCUUCCUUCUGAAGUGCCACCCCAUAAUUCAUAAUAUAUUUGGGUCUCUGGAGAAGGCUUUAGUGCUGUUCCUCCAUUCUGUAUGGUUAAGACUUCAGUAAGUGGAGCAUGCCAAAGGCUGUGGACACUCCAUCUCAAAUAGUCCUGACUGAGAGGCUUCUCUUCUGAGGUGUUACUGCAUGAUAGCAGUCACCACUGGUGGCUAACAAAUGUGGCUUUGGCUUUUAUAGUUGCUUUUUUGCUGCUCCAAUUUCAGGAAGCUUAUUAUCUAGUUGAGUACUGGUAACUUUAUCUCAUUCCUUUUCUUUUGCUCUAAGCAUGGAGCUGGACUAAGAAAUGCUUCUCUGUUGGAAGUGGUUGUUGUCUCGAUCCUGAAGCUGUGUAGGUUAGUAAGUCAUAUUAGCGCAGUGAUAAAACAUCAGGAUAACGUCAUGCUAGACUGCAGUUCAUUGAUACCUCAAGGCCUAGUUCACAAGACAUAAAAUCAGUGUGGUAUUUGGCUGGUAUUCUGUACCCGAGUUGAAUGUCCAGACUGAGGAACAAGUUUUUUAAUUACUGGCUGACUGGCUUACUCAAAACUUGGAGUCUAGAAAAGGAUAGCUUACAAGAGUCUUCCCUCUUAAAAAAACCAAUCAAACAAAACAAACAAAAAAAAAACCAACCAAAAAAAAAACCCCUAAAAAACCCUACAAAUCCAAACGCUCCUGUGCUGUGUUUUAGACUGUGCGUACAUAAGAAACUUUGUGAUGGCCAAUGUGGAAUUCUGAAUCUAUUCUGUUUCAAACCUGAGCAUAUUUCUGGAGCUCACCCAAGGGAAAGCCAUUUAAUCAUGAUGAGAGACCAGCUGUCAGACCAAUGUAACGAAACAUUUCUCUGCUUUGGGAACUUUUCAGUAGCGUGAAAGUCACAGCAAGUCAUGGUUGAGUCCUUUGCUGUGAAUAAAUUAUCCAGUGAAUUCAGCCUUUUUUCCUGUGCAAAAAUUGGUGUAAGCCCUAGCUGAGUACCUUCAGUGAAUAAUUUUUAGACUAUAGAUUAUUCAGAGAAAACCCACUAUAUGAAUCUUGCAGCAACUUACUAGCUAAGUCAUGUGGUAUUUUCCUGGUCCAUAUUUGGAUGCUGAAAUAAUACAUAAAACUUAAUUUUUAAAAUGGUGUAUUCAUUAUUAUGUCAUACAUUUUUAAGACAAAAAAAUAAAAUGCUUUUAUGAAAAACAGCGAAGAUGCUAUCUACUAUUAAGGAAGCCACCGUAAAAUAACUUAUUUGGGUGACAAUUGUACAUGAUGCUUGCAUUUUCUUUCCAUAGAAGUUUUAAGCCAGGAAAUUGUAGAUUCCUUUCCAGACUCUCAGUGUGAAUCUAAAAUGAAAAUGUGAUCAUGGUAAAAGCUAAUAGCCCUCUCAGUUACGUUUUAAGGACAUACUCAUCUCUGCUAAGAUAUCACUUGAAAUGCACACAGUAUAUAGACUAUACAUUUAAAAAUUUGGUUUGCAUCAGUUCUCUUCAGAUGGUCUAUUCCAGUGUCAUUUCUGAAGUGAUGUCUGAAAAUGCAUGCAUGUGCACAAGUGUUGAUAAAGGAGGGAGGAAGCAGUACUGGAAGAGUAACAACAAGCAGUGGAUAAUGUAUCAACUUGGGAUUCAAGAGAAGUGGAUAUAUUUUUUGGCUCUGGCACUGGUUUCCUCAAUGAACUUGGUUGAGUCAUUUCCCUUUAAUGUCGUAGUAAAAAGCUGUAAAAUGGUGACAGAUAUUUUCUGAAGCCUUUCAAGAUAUCAAUAAAAUAUAAAAGUAAUAUAUGUAUUUGAGAAAGAAAAUGAACAGUCUUAAUGAUAACUGUAAAAAUGCAUAGCAGUAAUACUUGAGUAGAGGUGCAAAUGAUUUUCUGAGAAAAAACCAAAUAUAACUAUUAUAAUGUGAUUGGGAUAGCAGAUUGGUUAUCCAAGUCCUUUUUUCCAUCUCUGACAUUUUCUGUUUUACAAGUAAGGUUUCAGCAAUCAGCACAAACUCUUUGUUUACUGCUUAAUAAAAAUAACAUAAAAUUAUACUUUUUUGAAAUUUUUCUGAUUAUGCAUAUUUUGCUGGCAGAUUGUAAUGCAUAUUGCUUCAUUGUUUAAUUAGGAAUUAAUGCUAAUGUCAUUAACAUUCUAUGUGGUAAUUCAGUAGGUUGCCUAUUUAUAGACAUAAUGAAAGUCGUAAUUUUUUUUGUAGUAAAGUGCUUUUGACUGUGCUAUUAAAUUAAAAAUACUCUAACGUGAUGUUAGCUUUCAGUUUCAUUGUCCAUGGUCCAGUGAAUCUGAAAAAUACUGCUACAUGUACUAAACAUGGGGGGUUUUAAUUUUAUUUUUUUUAAUAGAGCCUAACUCAUCCUUUCCUUUGAGAAAGAAACAAGAAACAGACCAAAUUAAGCAGGAGUCUCAUAAAACUGAGAUCUGAAGUUUAAAAUACUGUUCUGCCUGAAGACUAUUUGGAGUUAGGACACUGAAUUUAAAUAAAUCAGAAUCUUACCCAAAUUUUAUUCUGUGGUGCUGCUUACAAAUCAGGUAAUUAGGCAGCACUUCAUCUUUCAGUUUAUUACCACGAAUAUGGAUGUGUGCUUUAUUUGUGGUUAUAAAGUGCAAAACAACUGCUGAAUUUUGUACUCCAUGUCAUCUCUUCAGUAUGGACAAUGAAUUCUAUGAAUUUCUUUCUACACAGCCUUUUUCUAAGCAUUUGUAAUAUCUUAUUUGCAUAAAUGACCUCCUUUUCUAGGAAGGUUUGUAAAUAAAAGCAGUGGGAUACCUGUAACAAAAAUCAAUAAGCACAAAAAUGUGAAUGAAGUAUGCUUCAAGGAACUCCUAAAAUUGUGUUAUGGCCCUAUUUUGGAUAGUAUUUCUUCUGCUGUCCUGUCUGUAUAUACAGUCUUUAUACUGUGAACACAUUGUGCAUGUUCUUAUUUUAGUUCACCUUUUUACAGCUUGAAUUACGCGUACUUGUAGGGCUCUAUUUCUACACUUUGUAACAUGUUCCAGUUUAAUUAAACAGCUCUUUUGAUUGUG